UGAAUACUGGGCAAUAAACGCUAUUUAACUACUCUUGUCCACCACCAUGCGUUUGUUAAUAUCGUAUCUAGGAUUAAUUCUGCACAUUUCAGGUGGCUUGGCCUAUAUGACGGGUGCCCCGACGGUGUGUCUGGGUCUUCACAUAGUGCACGACAGGAACGUGGCGCAAAAAACGGAAGUUCCUUUCAAGCUCAAUUUUUCUACGACUACUUACACACCGGGACAGGACGUCAACAUUAAGCUGGCGUCUCCUGACAGUUUGCCAUUUAAGGGGUUUGUGAUUUAUGCACAUCGGAUGAUCGGGGACAGAGAGAGACCAGUUGGGGAGUUUGUGACCUUUCCACCAAACAAGGCGCGCCAAGUAGCCUGUUCCGGGGAAGAAAUGGUUGGGGUGACCCACAAGAACAACAACACAGUGACAUCAAUAGAUGUUACAUGGAGACCGCCUUCCGAAAAUGUCGGGGACAUCAUAUUCAAGUAUAUGGUGGUAAUCGAUUUCGAGACGUUCUGGAUAGACAGUACAAGUGACGUUCUGCCCUCGUCCAAGUCUCUGGUGGAAAUUCCACAAGUGGAACAGGUGAAGUACGGCACCGGAGAUAUCAAUUGGGAAGCGUGUGGAGAGACUAAGGGGUGUUUUCUGUCGCCUCGCUUCUGUAGCGGAAGUGAUUGUAAAGUGGCUGCUACCUGGCAUCCAGACGGCGACUUUGUUCAUUUCGAACUCUUUGUGAAGGAUGCAGAAUAUGUUGCACUUGGAUUUUCCGAUGAUACAAUUAUGGAAGGCUCCAUAUACAAUAUGUCGAUAAAGACAGAAGAUGAUGCCACGAUUUGCAGAUACUCGCGACCGCGUGUUAUUGACGAGUACACCGUAUUCUGGGGCUACACGGCCUUAGACCUUAAAAGGGAUUACAUUUUGUUUCUUGCUUGGGGCCCUCUCUACGAAAACACUGAUAUUUUAAACACGCACAUUGAGCCCCCAGUUGUAUCUGACGGCAAAGCGAAUAUGUACACGGUUAAUAUAGUUCGUGGUUCUGCACUUCCAUUCACCACGCAAAUUCACGGUACCGAAAGACAGGAGGUUGCAGAAUCCACAGCAGGGUUCAUACAGCAAAGUCAGACCAUGGCAGAGAUCAAACCCAAAAACUCAGACUCAGACCAUGGCCAACCUCAAACUCAGAGACAGACCAUGGCAGAGAUCAAACCCACAAACUCAGACUCAGACCAUGGCGAACCUCAAACUCAGAGAAAGACCAUGGCAGAGAUCAAACCCACAAACUCAGAGUCAGACCGUGGCAGAGAUCGAACCCACAAACUCAGACUCAGGCCAUGGAGAACCCACAAACUCGGAGUAAGACCAAGGCAGAGAUCAAACCCAAAAACUUAG